AUGUCUGGUUGGUUCCGCUCAAAUACAAGAUGUAUCGUGGGUAAUGGUGCUGAAAUUAGUUUUUGGAAUGCACAAUGGCACGGCAAUUUAUCGUUAGGAGAAUUAUUUCCUAACCUCUUUGCAAAAGAGUUGCGGCAAAAUUCUUUGAUAGCGGAUAGAUUGUCUAGCAGCAGAGAGGGUUUGGUGUGGAAAUGGGAGUGGUGUGAUGUUUUAACGCAGGAGGAAGAACAUGAUUUACUAAAACUUAAGGAACUGUUGUUGGACAUUAAUUUGAAUUUGAAUUGUGCUGACAGGUGGCGUUGGAUUCCUGGUGAUGCAGGUUUGUUUUCGGUCAAGUCUUGUUAUAAUUUUCUGGUACAACUUGUCUCGGCUGAAAAUCUUAAUCCAUCAUUGUUGGAAGCUGUUAAAAAAUUGUGGAAGAAUGACGUGCCCUCGAAAGUGAAUGUUUUCGGUUGGCGUCUUUUAUUAGAGAAAUUACCAACGAGGGAUGCCUUAGCUUCUAAAGGUAUUAUCACAAAUCCACAUGAAACUUGUUGUGUAUUCUGUUUUAGACACGUAGAGGAUUGUUGUCAUAUUUUCUAUCAUUGUAAGUUCUCUCAAGUGGUGUGGUCUGCCAUUUUCAAAUGGUUGGGUUGUAGUAUAACCAUAGGCGAGGAAGGACUGAAUCACUUUUUUAAGUGUGGUGAUCUUGUGAAGGGACAUCGUGUGCGACAUUUGAUUUGGUUAACUACCAAUUGGUGUUUAUGGAGAUUGAGGAACAAUAUCAUAUUCCGAGGAGAGGUGGCUGAUGUGUCUAAGCUGAUUGAUAAUAUCAUGACAGUUUCGUGGAUUUGGUUUAGUGGCAGAGCUGGUCGCAAGUCCACUUUUUCUUUUGCGGAUUGGUGUACUAAUCCUAUUGCAUGUUUACAAAGCAUUUAA